AUGAUCAUUGCAAGAAAAGUUAUUGGAUCAGUUGCCUUUGAAACGCUGACAGAAUUAUGGCAGAGAAUUACAAUUUUCUUAUUGUUCAUUGAUCCACCCCUAUGGAUUUUUAACAGUAAUAUUAUCACCACCUUUGUUAUCUAUCAUUUCUAUCAUCAACAUAGCUAG